CUUGCCAUUCUCUGGUCCUACCUUCCCUCUUCAUGCUUUUGAACGGCUUUGGCUCUUUGGCACCCUGAAACACGCGCACCGGCUUGACCAAAAUGUUCCCAUUAAUCACAACCAGAAUCUCUCAACCAUUUCCUUGUCCCAUGAUACCCUGUAAAAAAAGUCAAUGCACCGACUGUUAUGCUCCUGCUCUGAGGAUCUAAGUCUCUCCUAGCUCACUUGCAGGUGCUAAGGCAGAGAGAGAGAGAGAGAGAGAGAGAGAGAGAGAGAGAGAGAAUUUUUGGUCAUUGCUGAGAAUGAACAACCUCUGACGUCAGGAAAUCAUGUGUUUGUAUAGAUGCUAGAGCAUAAGAAUUGGUUGAUCAAAGCUGAGAAAGAACAACCUAUGAACUCAGCGCCGAGCAAGUAUAUUUUUGACUGUUGCAGACAACCCUGCAAAUGAUUGGUUAGUGUGUGUUUAUUCACCAGCGCCGAGCAAGUAUAUUUUUGACUGUUGCAGACAACCCUGCAAAUGAUUGGUUAGAAUACUGCAAAUCAUAAUAUGCCUCAAGGCAGCCUGAAAUCAGCAGUGUAUAAAUCAUUUGUCAGAUGUAACGAUCCAAAAGGAGUUGUGGAGUGUAAGACAAUGAGAAAAUCAAGGACAAGUUCUCAGAAAAUGGACCGCAGGAUUGAAAGCCGAAGAAGUACACCAAAGAACUCCUCAGAUACAUCCAUGGAGUACAAGGCAGAGAAAGAGGAGAUGCAUCUCUCAAAAGGGUUCAAAGAAGAAGUUCAUAGUCCAUCUUCCUUCCAACUCAUGGAGGUCUCACAAGGAGUCCAGAAGCUGAACCGGAUGAUUGACUCAUGGACUAAAGGAGUGAGAUUUGAUGGGCAGUCUAAAGAUAUUGCAGAAGAUCUAUUGAAAGGAGCUCUUGAUCUGCAGGAGUCUCUAAUCAUGCUAGGGAAGUUGCAAGAAGCAUCACAUUAUAUGACUCGGUUGGAAACGAAGCAGAAUGAGAAGUUGGAAUUGGAAAGGAGAAGAAUUGAUGAAGUGGGGAUUGACAGAAAACAGUCAAGUGAAUUUGGGGAUCAAAAUUGCUCAGGGGGAUUUCAAAAGCGACGGAUUUCGGCCGAUGGGUCUUCAAGGGAUCACAUUGAGGCGCUUAGGGAAGUGAUCAGAGACAGCUUUGCCAGGCAGAAUAUAUUGCCAAACCCAACCAUUGAAGAAAUGGGUUAUCUUCAUCUAAGAGAUUUAGACUCGGCUUCAGAAAUCCCUACCACAAGCUCAAACCAGUCUUUGAUGGUUCAUCCAUGUGAUUUUAGUUCUAUUGACCCUGCUUUUUCAUCAAGAGCUCUACAGACGAAGGAAAAAGCCCCAAAUUUGAUUGCCAAGCUUAUGGGCCUAGAAGAUCUCCCUUCAAAACCAUUGCGGACCUCUCUCCAGAAACAUUUAGAGAGUGAGAGAAUUUUGAAUCAACGAAGGGCUGUCUUUGAUAUUGAUAGGCCUAGGGGAAGGAAGCCCCAUUCUAAUGCAGAUUCAGAGCGAAGGACACUGAAGAAAAUACUUGAAACCAUGAAAUUCAAAGGACUUCUGAAAAGCAACUCUGUCAAAGAGCUCAAGCCUCCUCAGUCCUAUCAUUCCAAAAAAAGGUUGAUUGAUGAGAUACCGCCCAUUGUUCUUAUUAAACCUUUGAUGGAGGAGCUCCAAACACCAGUGCUUCAGGAAGAGGAAGCUUUGAACACAAAAAAGAUGCUCAGACAAGUUGAAAGAAAAGAAAAGCUUAUUCCUUCCAAAACUCACAAAGAAGGGGCUUUGAGUUCCAAGAAAAUGCAUAGAAAAAUGGAAGCAGUAGAGGCUCCAACCAAAACGCUUAGCUUAGAAGAAGGCACUAAACAUAAAGAAGUAGUUAGAAAACCAGAAGAGAAAAAAGUAAAGUCCAAAGAAAAGGCUUCAAAUAAGCUGAAAGCUACUGGACUUGUAGAUCAGAAACUGCAGAAAAAAGAGGCAACCGACAAGAAAGCUCAUAAGAUUCAAAACGCCAGAGGGAAACCAUCAGAGAUGGAGAAUGUGAAAGCUAAAAUCGUCUUGAAAUCUGAAGAUCAAGCGAAGGCGGCCUCCACAAAGCCAAGAAAGCAUGAAAACGGAUCGAACAUCAUAAACAACCAGAUUACUAGACGACCAAGUGCUUUCCAAAAAUCCAUCUCAAAACUCACAACAAAAACUACAAUUUCUAGUUCCACUGAUCAGAAAAAGAAUCAGCUGAAGAAGACGAAUCCCGUCAGGGAGCCUAUUGCAGCUAAAUCAGUUAUCGAGAAUUUUGGAUCCCAAGAAGAUGACAAGAGGAUCAAUCUUGGGAGUGAAAAUUGCUCUCCAAUGAUAAGAACUGACACUUCUCUUGCGGGUCAACUUCCUUUAGAGGAGGACAUAGAUGCCUCUGAAUCUUAUAUUGAAGAGCAUUGCAGUAAUAGCCAGAGUUCUCUUUCUGAUGUCAUACCACUGAGCCCCAAACAUGAAAUAGAUGAUAAAACUGCAGAGGAAGCUUACAAUCACAUCAUUCACAGUAGAACAGAUAUCAAAAGCUUCAAAAGUGGAACUAAUCUUGAAGCUUUGCUCUUGAGCAGUCCAUCAUUCCUGAGUCGUGCGGAGGAGCUGUUUUAUCUCAAUGUGAGGAAUCCUUCUGGCAUCAGUGAUUUGGUAGAAGCCAAUGUCAAACCCUCUUUAGAAUGUGCAAAUGAACUCAUUGAACGUAAAAGCCUUAGAGAUUCUCAGACAUUAAGCCAUCCUUUGUUGCUUGCGAGUGUGGGCAACUUGAGAGUGUGCAUCUCAAUAGAUAAUUUGGUGGGGGAAGUUUGUAAGGGAAUUGAAAAUCUGAGAAGCUACAGCAAUCUUGCUGGUGAGAGUCUUCUUGUAGAUGGUAUUUAUGCAAUGUUGGAGAGAGAUAUAAGUUGCAAUGGAGUGGAAAAUGCAAUCUGGGAUUUUGAUUGGAGGCAUGCAUUUUCUGCGGAUGAUGCUGAGCAAGUAGUGAAUGAGAUAGAGAAGCUACUUUUUGAUGGGUUGAUUGAAGAGGUCUUUACAUAAUUUGUGCUUCAGCAUAUUCUCUAUGUUUGUUUGGGACAUGUUUGAGAGGCCAGUGUACUAAUACUGCUUUUAUUUUUUCUGUAUAUACAAUGGUGCAAUGCUUAAUACAAGACAAGAUAGUUGAAAAUGGCAACUAGUGUCACAAGGUUAAGAUCUUAUUUGAAAUUGCGUUUGAAAGCUUAAAAAGUAUUUU